CUUUCGAUGAGGUAGCUCAUCUUGAAAGAGUGAACUCUAGGAAAUGAAGUACAUUCAUCAAGACGGUGUUUGCCGGUAUCGCAUUGAUAAGGGGUUUGUGAAGAAUCAAAAAGUUCCUGGAUAUGUAUAUGUAAAUGAAAACUUACGAGAGCUACUUUUUCAAGAACUAAGACAGUAUACAGAUAGAAAGGGAAAUAGUGGUGGAUUUAUUCCAGCAGUCAAGCAACUCGCUAAUGUUGCAGCUCUUCCUGGAGUUGUUGAUCACGUCUGUGCAGCUCCUGACACACACAGCGGUUAUGGCUUUGCUAUUGGAAAUAUCGCUGCUUUCGAUAUGAACGACCCGAAGGCCGUCGUAUCUCCAGGUGGUGUGGGUUAUGAUAUUAACUGCGGCGUUCGUCUGAUCCGAACGAAUCUCAGCGAGCAGGACGUGCUUCCUGUGAAAGAAGAGCUUGCUCAGGCCCUCUACGAUCACAUUCCUGUAGGUGUCGGUUCGAAGGGCAUCAUUCCCAUCACGAACCAAAGCCUCGUGGACGCUCUGUCUCUGGGAAUGGACUGGUGUCUGCGCGAAGGCUACAGCUGGAGCGAGGACAAGGAGCACUGCGAGGAGUAUGGUCGCAUGCUCAACGCGGACGCCGCCAAAGUCUCUGCGCGCGCGCAGCACCGCGGCCAACCGCAGCUGGGCACACUGGGCGCAGGGAACCACUACGCGGAGAUCCAGGUGGUGGACGAGAUUUUUGACGCAGUGGCCGCGAAGAAAAUGGGAAUCGAGUUCUGCGGACAAGUGGUGAUCAUGAUUCACUCGGGAAGCCGGGGAUUGGGACAUCAAGUCGCGUCGGACUCGCUCGUCGAUAUGGAGAGAGUCAUGAAUCGCUACGGAAUCGAGGUCAACGAUCGCCAGCUCGCCUGCGCGCCCAUCCAGUCCCCGGAGGGCCAGGAUUAUCUCCGCGGUAUGGCCGCGGCAGCGAACUUCGCGUGGGUGAAUCGGUCCGUGCUGACGUUUUUAACGCGCCAGGCCUUCAGCAAAGUGUUCAAAAUGAGUCCCGAUGAUCUCGACAUGCACGUUAUCUACGAUGUGAGUCAUAACAUCGCCAAGGUCGAGCAGCACAUGGUCAACGGAAAGCCGAUGACGCUGCUUGUUCACCGCAAGGGCGCCACGCGCGCCUUCCCGCCGCACCACCCGUUGAUCCCCGUGGAUUACCAGGUAGGAGUCGAUGCGAUUCUCUCAGCCCAGUUCACCGGACAGCCCGUCCUCGUCGGAGGAUCGAUGGGAACGUGCUCCUACGUGCUGGUGGGCACCGAUAAAGGGUUCAAAGAAACCUGGGGAAGCACUUGCCAUGGCGCAGGACGAGCUCUCAGCCGCUCCAAGGCUCGGUCGGAUCGGAGACGAUGCCUGAUGUGUAGGAGGGAGCUCACAUACGAGGAAGUCAUCCAGAGACUGCGAGAGAAGAACAUUACCAUCCGCAUGGCUUCUCCAAAGUUGGUGAUGGAGGAAGCACCAGAGAGUUAUAAGGAUGUUGAAGACGUCUGCAAUACCUGCCAUGAAGCGGGUAUUUCAAAGAAGGUCUUGAAGCUCCGACCGAUUGCUGUAAUCAAAGGAUAA